UUCUUGGGCCAUGUCUCAGUCAGAGUCAGCUGUUCACCGCUUCAUGCAAACUAUUCUGGGCGCUGACAGUCAUCGAGUUUCACUGAUGUCAGGGGCUGACUUCACCGGCUGGCGAUUAUAAAUAGGAGCUGGGAGCCGGGCAGGAGCUCCCCAAACCGCCAGAGAGACAGACAGAGAGGACAUUACCGCCCAGCUUCAGGGAGACAGCAAUGACUCUAAACAAGACGGACAGGAGCCGGGCACUGGAGCGGAGACGGGGCAGUACCCCUCUACAUGCCCACCGCCGGAGUAUGCCAGUGGAUGAGCGAGAGCUGUGUGCCUCUCUGCAAGCAGGCACCUUAUCCAACCUGGUCCGCUGUACCUCCUACAACCCGGGCCAGGCCUCCCAGGCGUCCCACUCCUCUGAGUCCCUCAGCUCCAGCGGCAGCGACUCCGACAGCAGCCUGUACAAGGUGGUGCUGCUGGGCGAACACCGAGUGGGCAAGAGCAGCCUGGCCCGGAUAUUCGGGGGGCUGGAGGAAAGCGAGCCCCAGGAGACUGAAGGAAGAGGAGACACGUUCGACAGAUCGAUGGUGGUGGAUGGUGAAGAAGCAAACCUUUUGUUGUUUGAUAUCUGGGAGCAGGAUGACACCAACUGGAUCCGUGAGCACUGUAUGAAGCUGGGAGAUGCCUAUAUCAUCGUGUAUUCAGUGACUGACCGAGCCAGCUUUGAGAAGGCCUCAGAACUGAGGAUCCAGCUGAGGAGGGCGAGACAGGCAGAGGACAUCCCAAUUAUCCUGGUCGGGAACAAAAGUGACUUGGUUCGGUCCAGAGAGGUGUCUGUGGAAGAGGGGAGAUCCUGUGCUGUGGUUUUCAACUGCAAAUUCAUCGAGACCUCAGCUGCUCUCCACCACAACGUCCGGGAUCUCUUUGAGGGUAUCAUCCGGCAGAUUCGGCUGCGCAGGGACAGCAAGGAAGCCAACGAGAGGCGACUGGCGAGUGCCAAGAGGCGGGAGAGCAUCGGUCAGAGGGCCAAACGAUUCCUCAGCCGCAUCGCAGCCAGAAACAACAAGAAGAUGGCCUUCAAACAGAAGUCCAAGUCCUGCCACGAUCUGUCUGUCCUCUGAGUGAGAUUGAGCAAACCCAAUGGUCACCUUGGCUGCUGUGCAACCAUGAGUAAAUGUGUGUGUCCUUUGUGGUUAUAGAAAGAUAGAAGUUACUGCUCAGAGAAUACACAUUAUCUGGAACUAUAUAGAAGGAAUUUGAGAUCCUGCUGGUGAACACUGUGUUGCAUUUCUUGCAUGUUGCCUGUGCUGCAGCUGAAGGCCUCCUGCCUAACAUGGUGAGACUGACAACGUGGAUUGCCUCCGCAGAUUGUGGAACCAAGUGGCAACCAAUCUCUCCACCAAGAGGCCUCCUGCCUCCCUCACUCUUUUUACCUGUCUUCUGACACACCUUAUCCUGCUCAUACAUCCAGCUCCUUCCCAAUAUCAAUGGGGAACCAUUCCAACACUGACUGAUAGAGAGAGAGCUGAUGGAAGUGG